UUGCGAGGGCAGCAGCGGCUGGAACUCGCUCUCGCUCUCUCUCUCCUUCCAUCCUCCUUCUUCCCUUGAUCGGCCCCAUCACCAAGCCAGGCCCCCCUCCCUUGCCGUCAUCACGUCCCCCUUCUCCCUUCUUGGCACUUUCCGUCCCUACCAUCCUUCUGGACAAACUUUGAUGGAGAAUUUCACACCACGCUGGAAAAAUGCCGGUUAUGAAAGGAUUACUGGCUCCCCAGAACACCUUCCUCGACACCAUCGCCACCCGUUUUGACGGAACACAUAGCAACUUUAUCCUCGCCAACGCCCAGGUGGCUAAAGGUUUCCCCAUAGUCUACUGUUCCGAUGGCUUCUGUGAGCUUGCUGGAUUUGCCCGAACUGAAGUCAUGCAGAAGAGUUGUAGCUGCAAGUUCUUAUUUGGUGCUGAAACCAAUGAGCAGCUGAUGCUUCAAAUAGAAAAAUCACUGGAGGAUAAAACAGAAUUCAAAGGAGAAAUUAUGUUCUACAAGAAGAACGGGUCUCCGUUUUGGUGCCUACUGGAUAUCGUUCCUAUAAAGAAUGAGAAAGGAGAUGUGGUACUUUUUCUGGCCUCAUUCAAAGAUAUAACGGAUACAAAAGUGAAGAUUACUCCAGAAGAUAAAAAAGAAGAUAAAGCCAAGGGAAGAUCAAGAGCAGGAACCCACUUUGACUCAGCCCGGAGACGGAGCCGAGCUGUCCUUUAUCACAUCUCUGGGCACCUGCAAAGAAGAGAAAAGAACAAAUUGAAAAUAAAUAAUAAUGUUUUUGUAGAUAAACCAGCAUUUCCGGAGUAUAAAGUUUCCGAUGCAAAAAAGUCCAAAUUCAUACUUUUGCAUUUUAGCACUUUUAAAGCUGGCUGGGACUGGCUUAUCUUAUUGGCGACGUUUUAUGUUGCCGUGACUGUACCUUACAACGUCUGCUUUAUUGGCAACGAUGACCUGUCUACCACUCGCAGCACGACAGUCAGCGACAUAGCAGUGGAGAUCCUUUUUAUUAUAGAUAUUAUUUUAAAUUUCCGAACAACUUAUGUCAGCAAAUCUGGCCAAGUUAUUUUCGAAGCAAGAUCAAUUUGCAUCCACUACGUCACAACCUGGUUCAUCAUUGAUUUAAUUGCUGCCCUGCCCUUCGAUCUCCUGUACGCUUUCAACGUCACAGUGGUGUCUCUCGUGCAUCUCUUAAAGACUGUGCGGCUGCUUCGUCUUUUGCGUCUCCUGCAGAAGCUGGACCGUUACUCCCAACAUAGCACAAUCGUCCUGACUCUGCUCAUGUCCAUGUUUGCUCUCCUUGCCCACUGGAUGGCGUGUAUCUGGUAUGUCAUUGGAAAAAUGGAGAGGGAAGACAACAGCCUUCUGAAGUGGGAAGUUGGUUGGCUCCACGAGUUGGGAAAGAGACUGGAAUCUCCCUACUAUGGCAACAAUACCUUGGGGGGCCCGUCCAUCCGAAGUGCCUAUAUCGCCGCUCUGUACUUCACUCUUAGCAGCCUCACCAGCGUGGGGUUUGGGAACGUCUCUGCUAACACAGAUGCAGAGAAGAUCUUCUCCAUCUGCACCAUGCUGAUUGGUGCCUUGAUGCACGCCUUGGUGUUUGGGAAUGUGACAGCAAUCAUACAGAGGAUGUAUUCCCGAUGGUCUCUCUAUCACACCAGAACUAAGGACCUGAAGGACUUCAUCCGCGUUCACCACCUGCCCCAACAGCUCAAGCAGAGAAUGCUCGAGUAUUUUCAAACCACCUGGUCAGUCAACAACGGAAUAGAUUCAAAUGAGCUUCUGAAAGACUUUCCAGAUGAGCUGCGUUCUGACAUCACUAUGCACUUGAACAAGGAAAUCUUGCAGCUGUCCCUGUUUGAAUGUGCCAGCCGGGGCUGCCUCAGGUCUCUGUCUCUACACAUCAAGACCUCCUUCUGUGCUCCGGGGGAGUAUCUGCUGCGCCAAGGGGAUGCAUUGCAGGCCAUCUACUUUGUGUGCUCGGGCUCCAUGGAGGUUCUUAAAGACAGCAUGGUGCUGGCUAUUCUUGGGAAAGGAGACUUAAUUGGAGCAAAUCUAUCAAUUAAGGACCAAGUGAUAAAAACUAAUGCAGAUGUGAAGGCUUUAACCUACUGUGAUCUUCAGUGUAUCAUCCUCAAAGGCCUCUUUGAAGUGCUAGACCUUUACCCAGAAUACGCUCACAAAUUCGUGGAAGACAUUCAGCAUGACCUCACAUACAACCUUCGAGAAGGGCAUGAGAGUGAUGUGAUAUCAAGAUUAUCGAACAAAUCCACAGUCUCACAGUCAGAGCCCAAGGGAAAUGGCAGCAUCAACAAGAGACUCCCAUCCAUUGUGGAAGAUGAGGAAGAGGAAGAGGAGGGGGAGGAAGAGGAUACAGCCUCCCUCUCUCCCAUCUACACAAGGGGAUCUUCCUCUUCACGCAGCAAGAAGAUGGGAAGCAAUAAAAGCUAUCUAGGCCUAAGCUUAAAGCAGCUGGCCUCAGGAACUGUGCCAUUUCAUUCCCCUAUAAGAGUCUCCAGUUCAAAUUCCCCCAAAUCCAAGCAAGAGACUGACCCCCUUAACCAUGGUAAAAGGAAAGAGAAGAACUUGAAAUUGCAGCUUUCCACUUUGAAUAGUGCUGGACCCCCAGACCUCAGUCCAAGGAUUGUUGAUGGAAUUGAAGAUGGAAAUAGUAGUGAAGAAAGUCAGACUUUUGACUUUGGUUCUGAACGAAUCAGGCCAGAGUCCAGAAUUUCUCCUCCUCUUGGGGACCCAGAGAUUGGAGCUGCUGUUCUCUUCAUAAAAGCAGAGGAGACCAAACAGCAGAUAAACAAACUCAACAGUGAGGUAACAACGCUGACUCAGGAGGUCUCCCAGUUAGGUAAAGACAUGAAGAAUGUGAUGCAACUUCUGGAAAACGUCCUGUUACCUCAGCAGCCAUCAGGGCUUUGCUCUCUGCAUACCGCCUCUGUGUGUCCAUCCAGAGAGAGCUUGCAGACCAGGAUGAACUGGAGCAUGCACCAACCUUGCUUACACUUGCAAACAGGUGGAGCGGCUUAUACCCAAGCACAACUUUGUCAUGGGAAUGUCACCUCUGAUAUUUGGAGUGUGGAUCCCUCCUCUGUGGGGAGCAGCCCCCAGCGAACUGGAGUUCAUGAGCAAAAUCCAGCAGACAGUGACCGUUAUCAUUCUCCAAACCUCGAUUAUUCACCUGCCCACUACCAGGUCGUCCAAGAGGGUCAUUUGCAAUUUUUAAGGUGCAUCUCUCCACAUUCAGAUACCACGCUAACCCCUUUGCAGUCUAUUUCGGCUACCCUCUCUUCCUCUGUCUGCUCCUCCUCGGAAACAUCUUUGCACUUGGUUCUCCCAAGCAGAUCCAGAUCGGAGGAGGGCAAUUUCAGUCAGGGACCUGUUAGUUCCUUCAGUCUGGAAAACUUACCAGGCUCUUGGGACCAAGAAGGAACAGCAUCAGCCUCUACCAGACCCUUGGAGAACUUUCCACUGGAAGUUGUCACAAGCACAGCGGAAGUGAAAGCUAACAAAGCCAUAAACGUAUGAUAUCAGCACACGAGACGCAGCUGCCAUUUUGAAACCCACCACUGCAUGACAGCUUUAGUUUGCCUUUUCUGCCUCUGCAGGCAAAGUUGGGAAUCCUGCAGAGGAGUGUGUGAGGAGCCAGUGAAAGGCAGAGCCACCUCCAUACUGUAGCAAAUGAUUUCUAGAUCCUAGAAGCAUAAUACAAACAUUUUUCUGUACAGGUAUUAACUUCCUGGUCUGUUUGACAGACUUUGGUAAAAGUCCAAAGACCCCGAGGGUCUGAGCAGCUAGAAGUCCCAGACAAAGAAUUUGUGGAUUAGUUUUGUCCUAGGUGGCUUUUGUGAAGUGCAGCAAAGGUUUUUCCUGAGUGCCUGUUUGUCAUUCCUGAACAAUAUCCAUAGCGCUGUUGGCCUCGGGAGCGCACAGCUCCCGCUGAUCUAUUUUUCUUUUGGUGAAGGCAAAGGGACAAUUAUCACUGCAUGUCAUCUCCUAGACAAUCAGUCAAAUAGAGCUGGUGGCCAGUGGUUAGCU